AGGCUGAGCCGAGAAAGCCGACCGAUAAAUAUGGUGCACCAUGGAGUCUAGAUAACUGUGGCCUGUCUAUCUUGGAAACUUUAGACAGCCUAGAAGCACCAUGGAUGCUGAGGCUGAACAAGGCCUGGAUGAUAGGUCGGAGCUCAAGGUUGAGGUGAAAGGUGAAGAUGAUGGGACCGGGGAAGUGGUAGCAAGUUUAGGACAAGAUGGUAGCGGGGAUGGCCAUGAGAAAGUUGUAGAAGCAAAUGAAGAUGAGAGUAAGCUGCAGGAAGAUCAGGGAGCAGGGGACUGUCAUUUGAAAGAAGAAACCAAGACUAAUGAUGGACAACCUGAGGGUGGGGUAGAUGGAGGGGGUGAAGGGGGCAAUGAGAAUGCCGAGGGCCAGGGAGAAAGGGAAAGUCAAGCAAACAAUGCCAAUGCAAUAGAACCUGAAGGAACAAGUGAAGAGACUGUAGAGCAAGGAGAGGUCCAGAUAGAGGAAGAGCUGAAAAGAUCAAAGAAGGGGGAUGAAGGAGAUGAGGUAGUGUCUUCCAAAGUCACCACUGUGUCCUUUGCCAGUGAGGUCCAAGUGCUGAAUGAAGAUGAGCUUGAGGAACAAUGGCCAAUAGCUGAAGGGGAUGAUGAUGUAGUGGUUGCUGAAAAGGGAGAUGGUGUUGGGGAAAGCAUCAUUGAACCUGAUGAAAAUAAAGCAGAGAUUGAUAACUCUGCUGAUGUGACAACUGAAGCUGAUGUUUCACUAGGGGAUGACAAAGUGGAGAUUGGCACUCCAGUUUUAGCUGAAGAAUAUGGCAAUGUAUUGGAAGAUACCCCAGUGGCAAAACCUGAAUCAGAUCAGCAGGAACCAUCAGACAUGGCUUCUGCAGAAAACACUGCUCCAUCUGAGGAAGCAGUUGCUGUAAAGACACCUGAAGAAAGUAAUGAAGUCACAACAGAGCAUGAUAAUAUUGGUGGGCAAGAGCAAGAGCUUCCAGAGAUAACACCUUUGAGUGAUGCAAGAGUGGACAAUCACACUUCUGUAGAAGAUGAAAAUUCAUCAGAACAGGUGUUUCUGGAGGCUGAACAAGCUGAAGGCAAUGGAGAGGAGAUACUCGAUGAUAUUCCAGUAGCUCAACUUAUUGAAGAACCAGAAAGGGAGAUAGUUAUUGAAUAUAAGACAGUUGUUCUUAGAAGUAUGAAGUCAAGCGCACCAGAAGUUACACUUGAAGCUGCUGCUGAGGAAAUCAUAGAACAGGUUGGAACAUCUGCUGAAGGACCGGAGGAAGGAGAUGGUAAUGAAACCAAAGAGGAUGUUUAUGCCCCUCCACUUGAAGAGAUUGAAGCUGAGCAUGAUGUUGCUCAAAUUGAAGUGAAUGUUCAAAGGAGCUAUAUGUCAAAUGCCCCUGAGCAUGGUGUGGAAGCACUAGUUAUGGAAGAGCAGACAAGCGAGGAAGCUCGAGAAUCAAAUAGCCCAGUCCCAGUGCCUGAAGGUGAUGAAGCUGGAAAAGAGGCACAUCCUGAUGACAAUCAACAAGAACUGCUAGAUGGCAUUCCUGAAGAGAAUCUUGGCGAUGAUGGAGCAGUGGACAAUCAUACAGAACUUCAAGUUGACAGUGCUUUAGAAAGUCAAAUUUUUGAGGACAGCCAGGAUGAACCCUAUCAAGAUCUGACAGUUCCUACAGGGUCUAUCCCAUAUGAAACAGACCCCAACUUGUCUUCGGUCAACCAGGAGGAUGUUCCAAUGGAUGGUAACUUCUCAGAGUAUGACCAACCACCGAUGAUGGCAAGCGAUGUCGAGCCACUACCUCCUAUAGAACCAGAGAUGGUGAGGCAGGACAUUCAUCAGCUACAAGAACAGCAGAGGAUGGAAGGUCUUAGUCCAAUAGAGCUCUUAACCCAGGCCAAUCAAGCUCAUGGAGUUCUACCAUCUCCUCUCAGAUCUCCAUAUCACCAGCAACAUCCUCACAGUGGCUCGAAGCUGGAAUCAACGAGUCGAGCAACCAACCUGUCUCGGGUCCAGAUAGCUCGCAUCCCGUCCCCGCCCGCCCACAUCAAGGCCCAAAUGAUGAUGGAGGAAGAGAGGAGAGCCUCCACUAGAACGUCCAGCAGGCUACCCCCAUCGGUGAUGAAGAUGUCAUCGGUGAUGGUCAAUGCUAGGAAAAAAGCGGUGAAGAACAGAAAUGCGAGUGUUUACUACGAAGAGAGACAGUUCCACAAAAUCCUGACUCUUGAUGAGUGCAUCAACAGCCGACCUCCGAUGCAGUUUGACCUUGAUACUCCUGGGCCGUGUCGGUAUUCUCCAAGAAAUAAACCUCUGUAUGAAGACAACGCGCCUGAGUACACCUUUGGCAUGAAAUUCCCUGAAAGAGCUGGAGGUGGACGAACUGCCUAUGCCAAGACCUGGUUCAACAGUACUGAUAACUUCACGGCCAAAACAAGAUUUGAGCGGAGGUGGCCAUCGCCCAAUGCCUAUGGUAGAGGGAGGUCUAUGGUUGGUAGAAAGGUUCCUGAUAAGAAAGACUAUCCGGCAUUUAGCAUGAGAGGAAAGACAAACUUUGUCAUCAACAAAAAAGGAUCUGAGAAUGAACCCGGCCCAGACCAAUAUCACCGUCAACGAUCUGAUCCAUUACUCUUCCGUCGAGCUCCAGCCUUCAGUAUGGGAGCCAAACUGAACCGCGGGAGGCUCUUUGGUGCACCUGAAAUCACACCAGCACCAAACUACUACAACCCGCACACCAACUAUACAUCCAGAAAGGUAACAUACCCAGCAUUCACCAUCUCAGGCGUCAGGAAACCAAAGAGCCAUGCCCUAGGACCACAUGCUACACUCUGAACAUUGGUGCAGCAGGUUGGUUAUGACAAUCUUCACACCAAGUUCUGCUCAGGGAGUGGUUCCCUACCCCGCCUUCAGCAUUUUGGGUGAUCAUGAAGUAAUAAAGCCAUGCUCCAGGACCACAUGCUACACUCUGAAGGAUGGGUACAGCACCUCAGUUACGACAAUCACCACACCAAGUUCUGCUCAGGGAGUGUUCCCUACCCCGCCUUCAGAAUUUUGGGUGAUCAGGAAACAAAAAAGCCAUGCCUAGGACCACAUUCUGAGCAGUAGAAAGGACGUGGGAUGCAGAGCAGGCGUCAGGAAUCCUUAAAGCCAUACCCUAGGACCACAUGCUACGCUCUGAACAGUGGUACAACAGGUUAAUUACGGCAAUCUUUGCACCAAGUUCUGUGGGAAGCUUCCCUCCCUGCCUUCCUGAUUUUGGGGGAUUAGGAUGUAAUAAAGCCAUGCCUUAGGACCCACAUGCUACACUCUGAAGGAUGGGUACAGCACCUCAGUUACGACAAUCACCACACCAAGUUCUGAUCAGGGAGUGUUCCCUACCAUGCCUUCAGCAUUUUGGAUGAUCAUGAAACAAUAAAGCCAUGCUCUAGGACCACAUGCUACACUCUGCAUAAUGGUACAGCAGUUUGGGUAGGACAAUCUUUAAUAAUAAUAAUAAUAAUUGACUUUUAUAUAGCGCUUUAUCAAUCUACAAGUGCUCAAAGCGCUUCACAAUUAUUAUUACCUGGUCACUGUAUUCAUAGCUUUUUAGCAGCCUGUUGCUAAACCAACUACAAUGAUGGUUGUUUCCUACCAGUUGCCAUUUAGCACAUGGGUUAGAAUGGUGAAGUGUGGAUUGACGCCUUGCCAAAGGAUGCUAGGCCAUGCUGGGAUUCGAACACAUGACCCUCUGAUUACAAGGCGAGAGUCAGAACUGCUACGCUGCGGUGCUUCCACCAAGUUCUAUACACAAAAUCUUUACACCAAGUUCUGCUGUGGAAAGCUUUUCUACGGCACCUUCAGCAUCUCGGUUGAUCAGGACACCUAAAAGUCAUGCACUGCGAUCACAUGCUUUACACUUUAGUUGAUAGUUUGGAGGUGUCAGGAUAGAUUGUUCCAUUUACAAUUGUCUUAAUGUUGAGUAGAGACAAUGCACCAUGCUUUCAUUAUCGGCUCGUGCACCUUCUUGUCCAGAGCUAUACACAUCCAGUCACCAGUGGAGCUGCGGCUGUGAAACGAAUCUUGUACUGCCCUUGUGAUACAGCAUGAGAUAAGUCUCCAAUAGUCCAGGAUAUAGCUCAUUAAUAUGAAGAUUUGUCAUUAACUUCCAGCUACUGAAAAGUAUUCUGUCGGCUUUGAAUUUUUUGUGCGUGUAGCAAGAGUUGAAAAAUGGGACACUCCACCGAGAAGUGUUUCAGUCUUCUUGCAUUGCUACAUGUAUGUACGGUAAGUGUUGUAAUUUUGUUUCCAAGAGAAAUCUAUUCUUCUACUGAUGAGGCUGAGCUUAUGACCUUAUAACUUACAAGUUAUCCAAUAUAAAAAAAUUACAAUGAAUAUCUUGUCAGUUGGACAAUUUAAAUUGUCAAAUGCCAAAAGUCUCAUGAUUUUCUUGAUGACUGGAUGCACAUCCCAGCAAACACAAACAUUUUUCAGAACAUCCGAAGUUUUCCUGCAGGUCGUUGAACUUGAAAGUAAGUGUUUGAUUGGUUUUCUUAAGGUCCUUAGACUGGAAAGAAAAGGUUGAUAAGAUAUCCCUCUUUCAGUUGGGUACAGUGUACUUAUUUUUUUAUAAGAAAUAAGAAUGUCCUUUUUAACCAAUUUACAUGUAUAAGGAUGUAACAAAUAAAGCAUUUAUCUGUAUUGUAAGUAAAAAGCAGAAAUAAUUCUAUCUUGCUUUAAUCACAAGUUUAUUGAUUUUUCAGUAAGUUCUUUAAAUAAUGAGCUUAAUAUUCAUUGUAGUGGAACAACAUAUGCAUGGUUAGGAUGUGAUCAUUACACAAGCAAUAAAUACAGGCUGAACAAAGUAAACUGCAUACUUAAUACAUUUUUUUGUGUACUACUAGAUUAAACCAGAAUUAUUUGUACUUAGUAUGUAUUGCAGUUUCUGAUGCACAAAAUCCUUCCUAUGUGUUUACUUGAUAAUUUAUGUGUAUUUCAGACUUCGAGGAAAUAUAAAUUAUUUGUGACAACUUGAAGAGGUUGUAAGCCAUUCCUGGUGGGUGUUUCAUAAAGCUGUUUAUAAGUAAGGAGUGACUUUAAGAACGACUGGUGAACCCUUCUCCUCUGCUAAAUAGGUGAAUAUCAUUUACCACAAGAAAGGAGAUGCUCUGAACUUACAAACAGCUUUAUGAAACGGUCCCCUGGUGGAAUAACAAUAUCUUGGUACACCAUUUUAGCUGUUUCCAUUAAUGCAGGUUUUCUCAACCCCACAUUCUGUCUUUGGAAUAAGAGUGGCCACUCUCAUCACUUCCAUAGGCUAACUGGGCCCUGUCUAUUGUACCAGUGUGUUUUUGUUAAAACAGUGUAUCCCCAAAAGAGGAAAUCUGUAUUUUCUGAAGAAUGUGUUAUUGUUAAGCAGAAUCUAAUCAUCCUAUAUAAUUUGUUUUGAAGGACAUCUCUUCAUUCAUCAGAUACCAAACAUAUGAUAGUAUCUGAAUCACUGACCAAAAGGAACAAUUUCAACUUGUGCAGGUCAUAAUCACUUUGUGCAGAAUAAUGGUAUUUUAUUAAUCUGGCCACAGACAGUUUAGAUAAUCCAUGCCAAAAUGUGUCUAUUCUCUGAAGCAUAAUAAAAAUAAAGGAAAUACUAUUGAAUGUCUUUUCAAAAUAUCCUAUGAAAUUUGGCAGACUGUUUUAAAUCUUUGAUAUCCUGCGCAAUUUUUUUGUGACAUCACCAUUUGAAAUGGUCCUCCUUUGGCUGUGCAUAGCAAAAAAAUAUAAUAUAAUUGUCAAAAGAAAGAAAAUGGGUAUAUAUUUAGUGCUUUAAGAAAUUCAUAACAAAGUUUUUUUCUGGAACACACUGAAUAGUAAGUAUUUCCAAACAUAUCACUCGAAGAAUCAUGAAUAGAAACAUAACUCUCCAUGGAUUUUAUGAAUUUACUUUUUUCUAGGACAUACUGUAUAAUAGAAAUUCCAAACAUCUCCUUAUCAGCCGAAUUGUGUGUCAUUUUACAACAAUUCUGUCAAUGAAUAUAAGAGCCAGAGGCACAGAUAGAUAAUUAAUGUUACAGUGGAAAUAAACAUUUUCAAAAAGCAUAUUUCUGUCCAAUUUGUAACAUAAUAAUGCAAGAGUUUUAGUCUAUAUUUAAAAUGGAACAGAUGCAAUAUUUCUGUCCAGGUUGUGUUAUUCAGUUUGUAUUAUGAUGCAAUAAUUGUUGUCGAUAUUUCAAAUGAUUCAGAUAUAACACUUCCGUCAGGUUUAUGUUAUGAUACAAUAUUAACUUACUGUAUGAUAAUGCAUAAUUUUGUAACUUUCCAGUACAUCUUAGGUUCUGUAACACAAAGCAAUGUUAUUGAUCAUAUGUAUGAUUGAUUGUACAUUGUGUUGAAUGCAAUUAAUCAUUAAGAUUUGCUCUAAGAUCAUUCUCUAAGCUUUGUGUCACCGUUCCAUUCACAUGAAGAUUUAAGAUCAAAUAUGGGUGAUUUUAAUCAUUUGAUGUGGAUGAGUUGUAUGCAUGCAAAUAUAAUUUUGAAGUGGCAUUGUCAUUCUAUGAUCGAUUGCAAAACUUUGUAUCCCGAGGACUUGGAGAUUCCCUGAGAACUUCGAGGAUAUUCAGAAAAAUGGUUCAUCAUUCUUAUAUGCAGUCUAUGAAAUAUCCAGUUUUUUUCUCCUCCAAAUCAGGAAUAUAUUGGUUUAUUAUUUUUGGGAAUGCCAACACCAAAGAAAAAGCUUGCAGACAUUUAGUGGAAUGGUAGUGUUUCCACAUUUCAUGUCCAGUUUGCUAAGAAAAUGCUAAGCAUUAAUGUUUGCAUGUGUAGCCAAAUUUUGGUUUGUCAGUUUGUGAAAGCUCAAAGUUUGCAAGUAGUUGACAUUGUUUAAUCUUUGCAAAUAUAUUUUCAUAUUCACAAACAAAUUCCUAAUUACCUGUUCGCAUCUAACAUCAUAUUGACUUUCAGUUUACAUUUUCAAGUGUUAGCGACACCGACCCUUGUUCUUUAGAUACCAUUAAGAGAAUUUGGGUCUUUAAGAUUCAAGAGAGGAUCCUACCUGGCAGCAGUAAGAAAAAUGAAGUCAAAAAGGAAAAAAAUCUCCUUUUGAGAUGGUUUUAAAACAUUAUUCUUGGAUUCUUUAUUAGAUUCAUCAAUGUUAAGGAACAUUUGACUGGUUCAGCCUUUUAAAUUUACAAAUAAUCAAAGUGUUAACAAAUGCAGCUGUAAGAAAUCAUGCAAUGAUAAUCAUCAAGCUAAGAUGCCGUUUUAAAUUUCCAUAUGCAGUUAUUUCUAAAAGUAUUUUUGUGUAAUGAAAAUAAUAAGCAAUAUGUUAAUCAUAUGCAUCUUUGAUAUGCUGUUAAAGGUUCAGUAUUAUCAUUAGUUAUUUGGACAGUAUUAAAAUUCCAGAAAAGUAUAUAUUGCAAAAAAUGCAUACAUGCUUAAACUUUUCUAUUCCGUCCAGAUUAUGUCAAAGACACACUAAUAUUUUUGUGUAUCUAGUGUCUUUUUUUAUACCACAGAGGCUUUAUUCUGUACAUAUUUGACUGUAAGAUGUGUAAAAAAUAUAUUAAUAAUAUUAAAAUCUAUUUGCAUUAAAGCUUGA